AUGGCAUCUUCAGCAGAGAAUCUACAAAAAGUUUCAGAUCUGAUAAAGCAUGAUCUUUCAUUAGAAAGGGUAAAGUUUAUUAAAGAUCAGUUAAAAAAGGAAAAAUCAACCUUAGAAUAUCAAUUGAGUAAAGAAUCCGAUAAGUAUUAUGAAUUAGUUGAGAAUAGUUUGGAACUAUUAAAUAUAUCUCAAGAUUCUGUGAAAACAAUAAGGGAAAAACUUGAAGAUGUCAAUAAGCUAAGUAGUGAAAAUAAUUCAUCGAUAUCCAGGUAUGAAGUUAUCUUCAAUGCUACAAAGGUUUAUGAAAUAAUCGAUAUGACUUCUUCAAUUUAUAACAAAAUUGUUAGGUAUAAUGAGUUAGUUUCAGCCGUUGACCAAAUGCUUGAUACUGAGUUAGAAGGUGAUUCGUUGGAGACAGGAUGUCCAUAUCUGCUGCAAAUCCAUUUCUUACUUACCAAAACUCGUGACUUUCAAGAUCAAAUGACUGUAAUGGCAAAAGCAUCAACAGAUGAUGUUCAAAGGACAGUGCAAAAAGUUUUCAGUAAAGCCAAUGAUUUGGUUGUAAAGUUCAAUAAAUUACUUGAAGCACUAAUUUAUGAUGUCGUUGAAAUUGUUAGAGCAGGUCAAGCUUCGCUGGUAAUAAGACUGUUUAAAAUCAUUGAUAUAGAAGAAAGAGAGGAUUUAAAAAUUAUUGCCAUUAAAAAUAUAAUUAAGAAGAAAGAAAUGGAACUACAUAAUUCUGCAAUUAAAAAGCUUCCAAGUUCGAAAAAUAUGUCAAGAUUCUCAGAUUCUGGCUCAAAAACGAUAGAAUAUCCAACCAACAAUGGUUUAUACGAAGAGAUAAUGAAUGGAUCUAUAUCCACUAGAGUUAUUGAAAGAGGCUAUAAAGAAUUUCUGUUCGAAAAAAUACGACAAUCAAUUCAAGAUAUGUUUAUAGAAGUUAGAAAAGAAUAUCAAGGUGAUAAAAGAUUCGAUGUUUUAGCAAAUCUUGAUUGGGUUUUCAAUGAAUUACUGGUAGUCAAAAAGCAUGUAAAAAAGUUUUGUCCUGCCUAUUGGGAUAUAUUCAGCAAAUACUAUGACUUAUACUUGGAUGAAAUCAUGUGGUAA